AACUGUGUACAAAUAAGGAAAGUUGUCAAGAGGAGAAGAGCAUAAUAAAGACAAUGCAGCAGUGUAAUUCACCUUACUGUUAGAUGGCUUCGUACACUAUAUUAUUGUUGGAACUGCAGCCAUGCUUUGGCCCUUCAAAAGUUUAGUGAGGUUACUGGAGUUAGUUUUAAUUAUCAGUGCCAAAGGCUUUAGCAAGGUGACUGCAUUGGGGUCUAUUCUUAAGUCGCUAUAUAGGAAACAGUUCUUCAUUAAUUUGGCCCCACUAUUAAUGAACUAAACAUUUCCACUACAGAGUUCAGACAAUAAGAGAGAUGGCGAAACGGCAUCCUCGUACCUCCACCCCUUGCCCAAUGGGAUACUUGGAGCUGUCAACAAUUUUGGAGCAUGAACUGAACCCUGGAGAGCAGCCAACUCCAGAGAAUACAAUGUCCCCUGCUGCUCUCCAUCAACUGGAAAAGAGGGACACACCAGAAACAUCAUGUUAUGGCAGAAUCAGCGCCCUCUCUGACUCCCUCUUCAGCUACAGUCGAGGGUACUCCUUCACCCUUUGAACCCGUACCUUCAUAAACCUGUUGAGGCAGUCCUCAAUACUAAUGUUACUGCUUUCUUUGAACAGAACUCACCCUCCAGCUGGAGAGGAAGGAGAGGGAGUGGGAGGAGUACCACAGGAAAAUAAAGCAAGUGGAAGAGGAUAUCAAGAAGAUAAAGGAGCAGCUCUACCAAGCAAGACUGUCCCACCACCAUCCCAGUCCUCCCUCCCCUCCUUCUCCUCAUCUCCGUCCACACCACCCCAGAUCUCCCUGUCCCUCCUCUACCCCUCCCCCUCCCUUCCCGGAAGCAGCAACCCCGGGACCCAGCGGGGCAGCUGUGGAAGACGAACAGACGGCAAUGUGCAAUAAGUUUCUAUAUACAGGAAGUAAUAAAAAAUAUACCACCAAAUGAGGAAUUGACAAUUGCAAAACACCGGGGAGAAGAUGUGUUGAGUGUGUGCAAACGCACACUCAACCUUGAGCAUCCUAUAAUAAAAUAUAACCUUGAUUGCCAACAACGCUAUUUCGUUAAGAAGGGGGAUCCUUCUCUAACCAGAAAUAGUAAGCACUUGGCUUACAUGUUUAAAGUAGACCUAUUUAGGGAAGAUGACAUGGACAAAGAAAACUAAGAAAAAUGUGUCGUCCUCCUCAUCCUACAUAUAAAUUGCAGUAGACAUUGAUAAUUAUCGAAUUCUUCAUUAUUAUCAUGCAGUCGACAAUGAAAAAUGCAAGGCACAGUACAUAAGUGUGACCACACGGCGACAGUAUGAGCCUUCAGUGCAACAACCAAGACCUUAAAGUCUUCAUCCCCUGUUGGCACUCCGCACCUGGGAGGGGGUCCAGUUGCUGUCUAGUUUGGUUACAUACCAGGUCGUCUGCAAACUCCUGUUAACCACACACUCUGGCUGUGGAAUUGUAUUUGUAUGUGGCAGUGUUUGGGACACCUUAUUGAGGUUCUGACAGAAUUCUACAGGAUUUCCCUAGUCAUUCUUCAGUUCAUCGAGCAUAAUCAGGCCUAAUUACACAGCAUAAUUAUAUAACCCCAUAAUCUUACAUAACAC